UCCGCAAGAAUCCCCGCACUUCCCGACGCCGCAGCAGCCGCGGCCCCGCGGUCCCGCGGUCCGUCCCGCCGGCCGCUGCCGCCGCUCGCCGCCCGCCCCUCCCCGGAAGGGCGGCCUCAGCGCGGCCGGCGCGGAGCCGGCAUGGAGCGGGCCGAGGCCUACGGCUUCUCGGGCACCAUGAGCGGUGCCUUCCUGCUGUCGUGCCUGCUCUUCGCGGCCGUCAGCCGCCGACAGCGCGGGCCCUACAUGGACGAGGUGUUCCACGUCCCGCAGGCGCAGGCCUAUUGCCACGGCCGCUUCCUGCAGUGGGACCCCAUGAUCACCACGCUGCCCGGCCUGUACCUGCUCUCCGUGGGAGUGGUGAAGCCCGCGGCGUGGCUCCUCGGGUGGACGGGAAGCGUGGUGUGCUCUGUGGGAAUGCUCAGGUUUAUCAACCUCCUCUUCAGUGCUGGGAACUUCUAUUUGCUGUAUUUGCUUCUGUUCAAGAUCCAUCAGAAGAAUAAGGCUGUGUCUGGUUUCCAGAGAAUCUUGUCUGCAUUAACUCUUGCAACAUUUCCCACCCUUUAUUUUUUUACAUUCCUUUAUUAUACGGAUCCAGGAUCAGUAUUUUUUACUCUCUUUUCCUAUUUAAUGUGCCUUUAUGGUAAUCAUAAAACUUCUGCUCUCCUUGGAUUUUGUGGCUUCAUGUUUCGUCAGACAAAUAUUGUGUGGACAGUAUUUUGUGCUGGAAAUGUUGUUGCAGAGAAGCUAAAUGAAGCCUGGAAGAUUGAGUUGCAGAAAAAGAAAGAUGAAAAGAUUUCUUCCAGGAAAGGAUCAUUUUCAGAUUUGACCAGAAUACUGCAGUUUCUUGUUGAAUAUCUCUUGUCGCCUAAAAACUUAGUUACACUUACUGCUUUAACUUGGCCAUACAUCAUAUUAGUUUCUCUCUUCUUUGUUUUUGUCUUCAUCAAUGGUGGAAUAGUUGUUGGUGAUAGAAGUAGUCAUGAGGCCUGUUUGCACUUUCCUCAGCUGUUCUAUUUUCUGUCCUUUACUGUUUUUUUUUCAUUCCCUCAUUUAUUGACCCCUACUAAAAUCAGGAGAUUCCUUUUGUCAUUGCAAAAGCAUCCUGUGCAGUAUAGCCUAAUCACUGUCAUCUCUUUGUUCCUGGUCUGGAAAUUUACCUACGUCCAUAAGUAUUUACUAGCGGAUAACAGGCAUUAUACCUUUUAUGUCUGGAGAAAAGUAUUCCAAAGACACGAGCUUGUAAAAUACCUGUUGGUUCCAUUCUAUAUAUUUGCUGGCUGGAGUUUUGCUGAUACACUAAAAUCAAAAUCGAUAUUCUGGAUCUUAAUGUACUUUGUAUGUUUAUUAGCCGUCACAGUUCCUCAAAAAUUGCUAGAAUUUCGUUAUUUUAUUUUGCCAUUUUUAAUAUAUAGGCUCAAUACUCCAUUUUUGUCUCUAUAUAGACAACUUCUGGAGCUGGCUUUUUAUAUUUUAGUAAAUGCUGUAACUUUUUAUCUUUUUCUAAACAGAACAUUCCGAUGGGAAAAUAGUGAUGAAGUACAGAGGUUUAUGUGGUGACUUUUUUGAUAUUUUUAUACCUGUAGGAAAACACAGUUCUGUUUCAGGACUGGACUCUGGAAUGAAAUAUGUUUUGCAUCAUGUAAGGACUGUUUUCCCUAGCUGGAAUUGGAAGUAAGCUCUUUGCUUAUAUUGUUGCAACCAAAUGCAUGAUAUGUUAUUAUGUGAAGAUACUCCAUCCAUUGAAUUUAUGAGAAUUUUAAAAUUGAAUAUGAGGGGAAAUGUGAGAACACCUUUCUGUAAUUAAUGUAAAAAUAAGGGAGAUGUUUACUGUAAUUUUUCAAUAUAAUAAAAUUCUACAUAACAUGCCCUUGAAGGUAUAACAGUUUCUGUUUCAGAGACUGCUCUUUUACAAAAGAAGGAUUUCUGCCUGUUCAACCUUAUUUUUUAUUUAUCUGUGUGCAUAUUUAUUUCUCAGAUCAGACCAUUUCCUUUAGGUUUACUAGUGGUCAAAGUAUAAACCACUACUGAAGUACAAUGUUUUCAAAGCCUCCUAUGUCUCACUGAAUUUUUAUUACUUUUUUUUUUUUGUCAGUAAAUGCUUACAUUAGUUUUGUAAACAGAGUGUAGGCUCUUAAAUCAUUAGAGCAUUUUGAACAUUUUAUUUCAAGCUGCUAUUUAGAAAACACAGUGGAUGCUAUGUGUGUGCACCUUUGGAGGAAUAAAUGUUACUGUACAAUAAAACAUAAAUGGCAGUUGAUAAUGUAACCUGUUAGAAAGGGAGUAGUUUACAGAUGUCAGACUGCAAUGUGCAGUGGAUUGCAACCCUCUUAAAUAAUUGAGCUUUUAUGUCCUGUGGUUCUGUGCUCACAGGUUAGUGCUGAAAUCGGCUCUGAGUGCACUCCUGACUUGCACUGAAUAUUUCAAAGAUCUUUGAUGUGUAAUCUUCAAGAAGUACUAAUGGCAUUAUUGAACUAUUCUUUUAAGUAUUUUUUAUGUUUAAUGGAACGUGAGUGUAUAUAUUUUGUUUGAAAAAGGUAAAAUGCAAUGUAUACACACAUGUAUGUAUGUAUAUAUUUAUAUUUAAAAGCAUCUAGUGUGCAUUAUCAUCAGAGUAAAUGAAGGCUGUAAUGGUUCCUGUCAGUAAAUCACUUUAUUAUGUCUCAAAAAUACUUGAUUGCUAAUGUAUGUGGCAGGGGAGAGUGGUGUCCAAAACUUCAUGUACUGUGUAGCUUUUAAAAUUCAUUAUUGUUCUGUAAUGACAAUACUUCAGCCAAAUCUGUGCAAACGUCAUAUUAUCACCACUCAAGUUACUCUGACAUGGAAUUGUUUCUCAAGAGGUUAGUACUGUUACUGUUUUCUUUUACAUGAAGAUCUGUUCCUGGCUCCAAUUCCUUCCCUGUACCAGCACUGUGGUGGGUGUGGUGAAUUCAGAUUCUGUUCAAUGCCUUUACAACCCCAUUUCUCCCGAGGAAACCCUCAAACCACUCACAGUGAGUAGGUGUGUGUGUAUUGAAUUUAAGAUAUUUGCCAGGUUGCUUUUUGCUUCUUGGUCUUUUGCCAGCCUGAUAACUUGUUGUCAAUGUGUACCAUAGGGAAAGUCAUUUUCAGUCAGUCCCUAUUUGCUUCUUCAAGUUGAAGGGACAAGAGAAACCCAAAACUGAUUGCUUUUGAAUAAUCCAGUGUGGUUCUGGCAGAGUCCAGAAUGUUGUGUUGUGAUUUCAGUAUCACAGAUUUGGGAGGGGAAGUCUUGUGUGCCUUCUGCUUCCAAUUUUGUUUUUGUAUGUCACGCCAAUAAAAUCAUAAGAUAAAGAGUAUAUGCCUGCAUAAGUACAACUUCAUUUGUGCCCUGAAAUACUGAGUUGGAAUGGUAACAUGGAAAGGCAUGGGGCUCUGUCUAAUAUUCCAAGUUGUAUCUUAGAUCUGAGGUUUUUUUCUGGUUUUAUGUAGGGGAGCAGGUGUUAAUUCCCUUGAGAAAAACAUUCCCUUGCAAAGAGUCCUGUGUAGUCCACAGGUGUUUUAUCCAGCAUGUCUGUUUUUACUGGUUUCAAAUGCUGUCUGUGAUCAACUCCAUUGAGAGACUGUCCAUGCUUCCUAUUUUUAACAGAAGUAGCAGCUGUGUUUCAAGUGAAAAGAGACAGUUUAAAUAUGUACAAUUUUAAAACGUUUCUUUUUGUUGUGAAAAGUGAAUGCAAAAAGUCCACCAAAAUUUAGAGCACAAUACCUUUCUACUGAGCUCUGUCACAGGAGAUGCUAGAAAAAUUACACAUAGAUGUGUCUGUAUCCUGUUGGGGCUGUUUAACCAGUACUAUGAAAUGGCAUAAUAUUUUAUAAUG